AUGUCGAUUCGAAUAUUGUUUCCAUUAGUUCAUAAUAUUGAGGAAGAUAUUUAUUUUAAAGGAUAUAUUAAAAUAUGUGACGACAACUUGAUUACAAUCUAUAUUACUAAGUAUUCAACUCGUAAUAUAUUUUUAGAAGAAAACGAUAAGGGCGAUGAUUUCAUAUAUGGUUACUGUAGUUGUAAUCCAAAAUUUAAAAGGAAAUGGAAAAGACCAGUAAAUUUCUUAAUUUUGUGCAAUCUAUUGUAUCCCCAAGUACAAGAAAUAAGUAUACGUGGAAAAGAAAUUAAUAUUUAUGAUAAUUACAUUAUUAUUUUAUAUGACCAUUAUGUUAUCAGAAAUUCUGAAACGCUAAAUGAAUGUAAUGACUUUAUUUCUAAGUUGCAAAAUCUGGUGAGGAGUGAUCAUAAAGAAGAAUACUAUGGAGCAGUUUAUGUACCAACAUUUAGAAAUCCGUCAUGGCUUGUUCCUUCUAUGUUUAUGCAACAUGCGUGCAAUUAUUUGAAUAUGUUAAUUUGGCUUAUACUAUCCAUUGGGCGUAAUAGAAAAGUUUCAAUGAAGCAAGGGAAUUUAAUUUUAUCAAUUCUAGUGGAUAUUUUGAUUGGAUAUUUCUUUUUAGAAUUAUUUUUAAAGGAUAAUGAUAAAAAAUACCUGGGACACCUUUUAAUGGGAUUUUUGGAGAAAUUGGUAAAUUCAAUGUAUUCUUUGUUGAAAUGGUUGAUGGGUUCUCCUGCUGGCCUUAAAUUGAAUAAUGCAUUUAACAAAAUGCUUGGAAAAUAUUUUUCCUAUCACAUUGAACUUUGGUGGCUAUUUUUAGAUGUGUCAGGGGAAAAAUUAGACCUUAUAUUACAUCUGUACAAAUAUAUAGGUUACCUUGGAUUCACAUUUCAAGCUGCCAUAAUAGCUGAUAUGAUAUGCUUAGCAACAUUCCACUCAUAUUGUAUAUACGUAUAUGCUGCAAGGCUAUUCAAUAUUCAAAUAUCAGGACUAACGGCACUACUAAGACUGUUUGUAGGCAGAAAAUAUAAUCCAUUAAGAGGGGGUAUAGAUUCGUGUGAAUAUACCAAUCAAGAACUUUUUGUAGGCACAGUUGCAUUUACCAUUUUGUUAUUGUUGUUGCCUACAACUGUUAUGUAUUAUAUAGUAUUUACCUUGUUUCGAGUGUUGUCUAUCUUAGUCCAAUAUAUACUUGCCAAGUCUAUAUAUUUAAUACAAACAUUACCUCUAUAUGUAAUAAUCCUGUGGUUAACACGAUCAUCAAAAGUAGCAGGCAAUGUAUUAAUUGAAGAGGUAAAAAAUGCACGGUCUUCUGUCUUAUUACUUAGAUUAAAAUUAUUUAACAAAUCCAUACGAGAUUUGGUAACACACUUUCGGCCUCCAGUGGAUGAAUCAAAACAUAUUGAAUGGAGCAAUAUGCUUUCGAAUAUUGUAACUGGGAAACAAAUUAUUUAA